CCACACUGCCAGAGAGUUGAAUCCGGAGUCACUCCACAGGGUCGUUGUUGUUGUGUUUUUGUUGUUGAGGAUAUCGCACCCAGAACAAAAACUUGCAAAGAUGGUUGAGAAGUUUGUUGGGACGUGGAAGAUGACUUCCAGCGAGAACUUUGACGACUACAUGAAGGCGAUUGGUGUGGGUUUUGCGACCCGGCAGGUGGGGAAUCGGACCAAGCCCAAUUUGGUGGUGACCGUGGACGAACAAGGGAUGGUAUGCAUGAAGUCUCAGAGCACCUUCAAAACUACUGAAAUCAAGUUCAAGCUGAACGAGCCAUUCGAGGAGACGACCGCCGACGAUAGGAAGACAAGGACCGUGGUGACUCUGGAAAACGGAAAACUUGUGCAGAAACAGAGCUGGGAUGGCAAAGAGACGAAUAUUGAGAGGGAGAUUGCAGAUGGGAAAUUGAUAGCGAAAUGCAUAAUGGGAGACGUGGUCGCGGUGAGGAUGUAUGUGAAGGAGGCGUGAUGGGGUCCCUUAUCAGCCCUAUCGUCUGACAGGCUCAGUUCAAUGAGCACAAUACCAAACUAAAAGUAAUGGCGUGUUCUGCUCUUCCUAUUCUUUAUCUUCACUGUGUUGCCAAAAUUAAAUUUCUGUGCCUCUGUUCUCCAACAUGACCUAUUUGGUUUCAUUUGGAAUUGUUGUGGUGAUUUGAAUAAAAAUGAACAUUUGUGAAAA